AUAGAACAUUCAAAAACUGAAGAGAGAGAGUGAGAAUGAGAGAGAACACCGCAAUUACUCAUUCAGCGGCCCAGCAACCUGCCAACUAACGUCGUCUGGUAGUGGCGAGACGGGCAGGGUACGCCACCUUGACUUUGUUUUGGUCAUUCGUCUUCGGUUCUUCGUCCUCCUCCCAUUUCACUGCUUGUCACAACUCAGAAUCGUAGGGUAACCACAGAGGGAGAGAGGGAGGGGAUCGCACCCAGAUCUUUCUCCUCGUUCAAUUGAUCCAAAAUUCCCCACAAUUUCCGAUUCAAUUUCCCACUGUUUAUGCUUCUAAUCCAUGCCGGUAACAAUAACAUCAAAUCACUGUUGAAAGAUUAACUAUUUUCCCUUGGCGAGAAGCGCAAUCAAAUGGCGCGGAGCAGAUCGUCGUUGAGCAAAUGGAGGUACAUUAAUCCGGCGUACUAUCUGAAACGACCGAAGCGUCUGGCUUUGCUCUUUAUCAUUUUCGUUUGUUGCUCCUUCUUCUUUUGGGACCGGCAAACGUUAGUCCGCGAGCACGAGAUGGAGAUCUCUCAGUUGAAUGAUCAAGUGACUCAGUUACAACAUUUGGUGGAAGAACUAAAGAGUGGUCGAGUAGUUCCAGAUGAAAAGAUAAAAUCAAGUAUCAAAAGUGAUGAUGCAACUAAAAAAAGAGAUGACAUAGAUGAACCACUUGAUGCUGAGAGAAGAGAGAAAGUAAAAGACGCCAUGCGCCAUGCCUGGAGUUCAUAUGAAAAGUACGCAUGGGGUCAUGAUGAACUUCAGCCACAAUCGAAGAAUGGGGUUGACAGUUUCGGUGGCCUUGGAGCAACUUUAAUAGAUGCUCUUGAUACACUUUAUAUCAUGGGUAUGGAUGAGGAAUUCCAAAAAGCUAAAGAGUGGGUAGCAAGCUCCUUGGAUUUCAACAAGAACUAUGAUGCUAGUGUUUUCGAGACAACCAUAAGAGUUGUUGGUGGACUUCUUAGUGCUUAUGACCUCUCUGGGGAUAAUGUUUUCCUUGAAAAGGCUCAAGACAUUGCUGACAGACUGUUGCCUGCAUGGAACACUCCCACUGGAAUCCCUUAUAACAUAAUCAAUUUGGCACAUGGGAAUCCACAUAAUCCUGGAUGGACAGGGGGUGAAAGUAUUCUGGCAGAUUCUGGUACUGAGCAGCUUGAAUUUAUUGCUCUUUCUCAAAGGACAGGAGACCCCAAGUAUCAGCAGAAGGUGGAGAAUGUUAUUUUAGAGCUUAACAAAACCUUUCCUGAUGAUGGUUUGCUACCAAUCUACAUUAAUCCACAUUCUGGGGGAAAAUCGUACUCUACCAUUACUUUUGGGGCCAUGGGGGACAGCUUUUAUGAAUACUUACUCAAGGUCUGGGUUCAAGGAAACAAAACUGAAGCCGUAAGGCAUUACAGAAAAAUGUGGGAGACUUCAAUGAAAGGUCUUCAAAGCUUGGUUCGAAGGACUACUCCUUCAUCUUUUACAUAUCUGUGUGAGAAGAUGGGAAACUCUUUUACUGACAAGAUGGAUGAACUUGCAUGCUUUGCUCCGGGCAUGCUUGCCUUAGGGUCUUCUGGUUCUGGUCCUGAUGAUUCUCAGAAGUUCUUGUCGCUAGCAGAAGAGCUUGCUUGGACUUGCUAUAACUUCUACCAGUCAACACCUACGAAAUUGGCUGGAGAGAACUACUUUUUCAGUAACGGGCAGGAUAUGAGCGUGGGCACAUCAUGGAACAUACUGAGGCCCGAGACAGUUGAAUCCUUAUUUUAUCUUUGGCGUAUAACUGGAAACAAGACAUACCAGGAAUGGGGUUGGAACAUAUUUCAAGCAUUUGAAAAGAACUCCCGCGUAGAGGCUGGAUACGUUGGACUAAAAGACGUUAACACCGGUGUCAAAGACAACAUGAUGCAAAGCUUCUUUCUCGCGGAGACGCUCAAGUAUCUCUAUCUUCUUUUCUCGCCACCCUCGGUGAUUCCCCUGGACCAGUGGGUUUUCAACACAGAAGCCCACCCUCUAAAAAUCGUUACCAGGCGUGAUCAUGCUGUGAGCUCCGGUAAGCAUGGAUCAGAGCACCAAUCACGCAGUAGGAAAGAAGGGAGAUUUGGUCAUUAGGACAUACACACAUUCACACAACAUCAAACUUGAUCCUUCAAGUUUCACCAAAGCCAUAGAGAUCUAAUCACUCGAUGUAGGCGAAGAUGUUUGAAUUGAUGAUGUUCUGGCGUUUAUGACAGUAGGGAUUCGAGGAAACAGACUUUCGAAAAUAAUUGCUAAUCCUCAGCUUUCCGGAUUGGUGGUGAUAUCAUUGAUUGAUUCUGCCAUGAAACAGAGCUCAGGUUUAUGUAACAUGAGAGUAUAGUGCCCUUAUAGGUUUACACAACACAACAUUCUUGGGAUGUUACUACGUUUUUUUUGUAGGCAAAUGUUCAUCUUUUACACUGCUCUUAGUACUGUUUUUUCUCUUUUGAAAUUUGAAAGAAACACAAUGGUAUUGCAUCAUGAAGACAGUAUUGCUUUUU